GAAAUGUCCCUCUGCCGAAAUGGUCGGACACGAUUGUGCCUGCAGUGUUGUGAUAGUGCUUUGCGUACGAUUUCUCAGAAAAUAAGUACUUCUUGCCAUUUAAAUCUUGUAGGUACCGAACAAUAUCAUGAUGAAAGAAAGGCUCAUUUCCGCACCAUAAACUGCAGUUUGUUUUUAUCUUUUCCUGAUAUAUGUCCUUCAGUAUAUAGAAUUCAAUCGUUUCCGGCUCAAGAGCGCUAUGCAGCGGCAUGGCACAACAACGAAUGCCCUAUCGAAUCUGGACAGAUCUUAAGUUGAACUAGAAAUCGCUUGAAACAUGAAUUUCUAAAUUUUUUUGGAUAAAAGAAAUACUGACUUGCCCUUAGACCUCUUGAUUCCGGCCGACCAAUCUUGCUCAUUUCUUACUUAUUACGCAACAGAGUGUCAGAUCACGCUUUGAUUGAAAAUGUGGCUCGUACAGAAGUUUUGGACAUCUGAGAAUGCCCACAUGUCGCAAAUCUUUGUUGAUUUUGCGAUUUGCCACAUACGGUACCAUUUUAGAGCCGUUUUCGGGUUGCUUCCUGCGGAUAUGGCUGAUUUUUCUGUUAGCAAUACGAACCUUAGCAGCCAACGACCCAAGUGCAUCGCGCGAGGCGGCUUUAGCCGCUGGGGUUCCAUCUUAUUUUCUAAGCAGCGUUUUCGAUCCGAAUACCAUUCAGAUUUUCACCGCGGGAAGGCGAGAUUUCCGCCUUCGGGUAAUCGGAACUCCCGGAAAGCCCAAUUCAAUAUGCGCUGUCCAUCGAGAAUUCAACAACUCAGACAGCAGUUCAGCUAUCGCCAAUACGCUUCUAUGUAAAUGCUAUGCCAUCGAAUACAACAGGGAUGGACAAAGCCACAAAGGUUACUUAACUUCAUCAAAAAUUGGCGAUGCAACAGGCGGAAAGGUUUGGCUGGACGGAACUUGGUUAGAUACUACACUGGUGCUCAUCGAAGCCGACGCUUGCUGGCCGAACGCUUGCUGCCUUCGCGGAGUCGACCCAGUAUCAAGCUUUUGGAGCGUUUCAAGACUUCUGGCAAUAUGCGCUGGCAUACUGGGGAUAUUGAUUCUCUUUUGCUUGAUGUGCUGCUUAAGAAAGAGGUACAAAGGGCGAAGUAGCGAAGGAAGUUUUGGCAUCCCUUCGCGCCCUCAUUCACCAGCUACAACCCGAACGUCUGGAACAACUGUCACAGGAACAGCAAUCAGUGUAGAUUCUGAUGAAAAAGACAGUUUUGAUGUUUGGUCAAAGAAUACGGCAUCAGUUCCAUCCAAACGCAAAAGCCGCUAUCGGGCCGGUGUUCAAGAGAUCAUCAAUGGGUCAGGUUUCGAGCAGGUAGACGACAGAUAUCCCGGUGUACCAGUUUUGACCCAUUACCACAGAAAAGAAACUGCAGUUACGAAGGCAAAACCCGGAGAGUGAGGGAUGGUAACGUUGGUACAACACAGCUGCUAAUAAAAUUUCAACAUUCGGCGCUGAAAUAUUUCUUCCUCAAGUCCGCCGUUGCCCAGCACAGUAAUCAACAUUAAUGCUACAGGAUGGGGAAAGGAGGCAAGGCUAAGAAGAAGGGAAAACUGCCAGUAUUUCCUAUUUUGCCUCCCGAGGAAAUUUUGCAUCCUUUCCAAAAUGAUAUUCGACGUAGCGAGCAGGAGAAAUUGGCAUUGUUUAGAGCAAUCGUUCAAAAUCAGCCAUUUGUCGGAGAACAUGAUGGUUUUGACGCGAUCGAUGACACUGCUCCAGAUGUGGUGUUGGUGGAGGAAUUCAUUGUGGCGGCUCAUGAAGAGGUUUAUCAUCCCGACACGAAGCUGCCCCCUCCAGGGUUAGAGUGGGAGACCAAAGGGAAAGGGAAGAUUACAGAUUCUGUACGGCUCAAUACGCUGCCAAUGACUGAGCUUCAAAAGAUGGCCAUCCGUAUCCACAAGCAUAAGCAGAAGAUGGCCAUGGCAGCAGGAAUGGCAGCACAAGAGAAACUCUUUCUUCAGGACCAGUUGAAUCUUGUACAAGCCAAAGCCGAGAGAAUGCAGCAGCAGUGCGAAGCGUUAAUCAGCGAAACCGAUGAACUGCAGUCUAAGAUGCGAAAUACCACAAUGGUGUACAAACAGAAAACCAAGCACGCGGUUAGCGAGUUCCAUAGUAAAGCCUUCGAAAGCCGGACAAACCACCUAGCUCGUUAUCUAACCAACCAGGAGAAACUCUACCAGCAAGAAAAGAGGUACGUGGGAGUACUGAACAAUCAGGAGGAAGCAACGCAGUACACCGUUCAUCUGCUGCAGCGACUGGGAGAAGAUGUUAAGCUUCAAGGAAUGCAGAAUGUUCAGUCGGCCAAAGAAGAUUUCCUGAACAAUUUACAAGCGCAAGCCGAUGCAUUCGAGAAUUUCUUCACGGACACCCAGUCCGGUGCCGAAGCUGCGAUCAAGCGGCAUUACGACCACUCCGACCGGCAACGUCUUUCCACCUUUUCCAACAUGUUGCAAAGUCAGGAACGCGCCAUUAGUGAAAUGAGAAAAUAUUUUCAAGGCGUUAACCUGGCGAAUUCUGGUGUGAUAAUUCAGUUAAAGAACACUCUUAAUAACCGCCGAGCCAAGCUGGAUCAAGUGGAAAAGGAUGUUUUCAAAACAUUGGAAGAAUACGCACGAUUUGUCGCUCCAAUUCAGACAAAUGACGUUGAAAUAAAACACUGUGAAACCGAGCUUAACGACGCCGUAUCGGUCCGUACGGAGCAUAAAAAGACAUGGAAACAUUCUAAAAAUCUAGAAGAAGUUGUGCGUCGAUUGCAAUGGAGAAAGGAAGUGGAAAUUGUUAAACUGCAGAAGGCACAAAAACAACACGCCGAAAUAGAGAAAGCGUACAUCUUGACUUUAAUGGAAGCAUCGAGAAAAGCUGGUGUGGCAUGUCUAAUCCACGAACGCACCCGGAAUUUACUGAACGAGGAAGCGGUAAAAUAUGAAAUAGCAAAGCUGAUCAUGAACGCACAGUCUCCUUUGGAUCAAGAUGUUCGUAAAGCGCGCGACCAAAGGAUCAGUGAAAUAUUUAAAUACCAAACGGAAGAAAUUGAACAUCUUAGAAAGAGGGGCAACGAUAUCCAGCAGAAAUAUGAGCAUAAUCGAGGCGCUCUGCAAGAAGCAUUCCAAAAGAUGAUCAAUAAGCCACUAUCAUCAACCGGUUUCCAAUUUCCCAGCAUGGAAAGUCAUUUGGCCCAAUAAUCCUUACAGCUACUUGGUGGUGUUCAGCUGAAUUCAACUUCCAAGUUGAGAAAUUGGUCUACUUCAAUGACGCAAGCUAAUUCAAAACCCUUAAAAUUCUCCGAAGUAUCACGGCCUUUUGGAUACAUGGCAUCAUUGUGCAAACCAUAUCAUUAAAACCAGAAAAAAAACUUCUGAAAACGAUGCUGGAUGUCACUUACCGGUUCAAACCCCAAAUUUCGUCAUUAGCAGCUUUCGGAGGUCGAUGUAUCUAUGAAACGUACGGGGAAUUGGUUCGCAGUUAGCAGCUUUGUUUCACUUUGGGUAAGGUUGUAGAAUUCACGCGUUUCAGUUCUCUUUAAAACACCACUUCAGGAUUCCUGAGCGUUCCUGGCGAGGUGGAGCUUGUUUUUUUCUAGCGCUGUGCUGCGUCUAUUCAGCCUGAUGGCUUGAAUUUGAUCUACAUGUAGUAAGACACUUACAAUGCAAUUCUUACGUUGCUAUUUUCUGCAGUAUCAGAAAAAAAUUUAGGCAGAAAAUGAAAGUGCAAGUUCGGUGGUAUUGACGUUCGCUGAUGAGUAACCAAGAUUAAAUGGUGCUAUGACCUUAUCUACAUAUCAAUCGGUUUUUUUAUUCAUUAUUCACCAUGCACUGCAGUUGGAUCUUCCUGAAAACUGGAACUACUGGAAAUCAAACAUUUUGCUAAUUUACGACAAUUUUCAGUUUAUGUUACAGUUCUGUAUUUAAACUUGCAUUCCGGUCAGCUCAAUUACCAGUGUCACAAAAGCAACUAGAGGGUUUGCCCAAACUACGUAUCUCUUAUCAUGGAUUAGUCU